AUGACUUUAUUCGGCCUUUUCAAAAAGAAGGGAAAGGGCGAGGAAACCAACAGCUCCUCUGAAAAAGCCGAGAAGCUAAAGACCAAAAUCAAAUCCAACAAUAAGUCAAAUUCAAAGUCAAAGUCAAGCGGUUCUAGCGGUUCUGGAUCGCCGGGAUAUCGUCAAGAUAAUACAAAUACCCACGCCAUGGAUGCCGUGGCUCUCAAUGCGAUGUUGGCGACAAGCUUGAAUGCUGAUGCCAAUCACGGAGACCGUCAUCACCACAGUGAUAACCACGGAGACCAUCAUCACCACAGUGAUAAUCACGGAGACCACCAUCACCACAGUGAUAAUCACGGAGACAGUGGUCCUAGUUACGAUAGUGGAAAUCACCAUGUGUCGACAUCACAACACGAUCAUAGUGGCGAUUCUGGAUACACUGGCACUGGAUACUCCGGUGGCGAUGGUGGCUACUCCGGUGGUGAUGGCGGAUAUUCUGGUGGAGAUGGUGGUUACUCUGGUGGUGAUGGUGGAUAUUCUGGCGGGGAUGGUGGUGGGGGUGACGGAGGCUGCUCCGGUGGAGAUGGGGGAUGCUAA